UCAUUCGUGGUUCCUGCUGGAGACGAACGUUGGCCGUCGGUGACGUGGGGGUUCAAAUUAGGAAAUGCUGUGAGGAAUCUACGCGUCAAGAUAGAGACCAAGUCGCGCCUUCCAGUUGGAAUGGAAGAGGAGCUGAAGAAUCUGGGCUUCGUGGCGAACGUGAACCAGUUCAAAUGGGAUAAUAUCGUCCUGCCAGCGUUGUGGCAAUAUCGGAAAAUACACGGCCACGCAGAUGUCCCUCAAGGGUUCGUCGUCCCAAGCGGUGAUGAGGCGUGGCCAAGGCUGGCCUGGGGCCAUCGGCUGGGGCGAGUGGUCUCGGACAUUCGCAAUAGAAAAACGUUUUCCUCUCAAGUGGCAGCGUCUAAGGCGGAGCUCGAUGAGAUCGGUAUCUGCUACGACAUGUUGCUCGCCGAUCGCGACUGGAAGGAGAAGAUCUUGCCGUCGUUUCAAGUGUGUCGACAAGAGUUUGGCAACUGCCUCAUUCCAAAAGUAUUCACAGUGCCCUCUUCUGCUCCAUGGCCAGAAAAGGCUUGGACUAUGCCGCUUGGGGUUGUUGUUCGUGAGAUUCGAAGCGGUGCAAAUUACGUGGAGCAAGUGACUCGAGACAAAGAGGUGCUGGAUGCUAUCGAUUUUGUAUGGAACCGUGACGAUGCAGUGUGGAGUGAGGUCAUUCUUCCAGCUCUUCAAGUGUACGGCGAGGUGUACAAGACGGAUAUAGUUCCGUACCGAUUUGUGGUUCCUUCGGAAGACCCUUGGCCAAGAAAGUCGUGGGGAACGAAGCUCGGUGUGAUACUCUCCCAGGUAAGAUCCAUGGGAACGUACUUCGCACACUACGGACGUGACGUCGAGAAAUUGGACGAGCUCGGAUUG